AUGGUAUCUAAGCUGUUAGUGUUUGGUGGAAAUGGGUUCUUAGGUAAAAGGAUUUGCCAGGAGGCUGUUAAUAAUGGGUUCCAAGUCAUGUCACUUUCAAGGUCCGGAAGGCCACCACGGCCACAGAGUCCACAAGACAAGGACUGGAUUGGCGAGGUUCAAUGGGAAGCUGCUGAUGUUUUCGAUCCUUUGAGCUACAAUCGGCACUUACGAGAUGCUACUGACGUUGUUCAUUCGCUUGGAAUACUUCUCGAAGAUGAAAGCUAUAAAGUUAAAGUAAGAAACCCACUAAACAAAUCGUUCGAUUUCAAGUCGCUGAUGCCUUCCUUUGGUUCGAAUCCUUUGGAUAAGAAGAACCCAAAUUUCACUUAUGAAAGGAUGAACAAGGAGAGCGCCCUCAUUCUAGCUCAAGCCUUUCGCCAGACGCUCAGUUCGCAUGAAGCCAAACGAAGAGAUAUGCCAACAUUCACGUAUAUAUCUGCUGAUAAGGGGUUCCCACUGAUUCCCAAAGGCUACAUCAAUUCAAAAAGGCAAGCGGAGGCGGAACUGAUGCACUACGAAGGUUUGUUUCGCCCGAUCUUAGUGAGACCUGGCUUCAUGUUUGACGAGUACAAAACGACCGCUGAUGCAAGAUCGUAUGUUCAUAAUGGCUUAGAACUCCUCAACUGCGGCAAUAGAGUGCUGCUACGGAAUAAACUUCGCUUUGUGAACGAGCUGAUUCGACCCACCAUCUCGACCCAGCAGGUAAGUCGGAACAUCAUUUCAAAAAUCAAAGACCCAAGUUUCUCGGGUAUAGUUUCUCUAGAGUCUAUGCUUAGCAUGAAUUAA